AUGUGCAAGCGAGGACAGCAAGGUGAGACAGCAAAGGGGGAGUCGAAGGGAACACAAUGGGCACACGAUGUGUCAAACACAGCAUGGCACGGGAGUGGCAGCAGCAGCAUUAUCAGCAAGGGACAACUAGCAAGGGUGAAUCAACUGAGCCUUUUUUCCGCGGUACGUUCCUUGUCCCCUCCUGUCCUGCUUCUCCUCAAAGCUCUAUGUGCCAUCCACUCUCGCUUCCUUCCCCUCUGCUUCUUCUCGCUGCCUUCUCUCCUCCCAUACUCUCCUGCGCCGCCGUCUGACAAGCAGGCACAUCAAUGGUGGCAUGGGAGGGAUUACAGGCGAGGGUCUGAUCAGCAGCAGUGGGCGGAGCAGCAUUUUGGCAGCAGCAUUGGAGCACGAGGACCCCCCUCCCCCUUCGUAGGCAUUUCCCCACAUCCUCUCUCUCCCCCUCGCUGUGUUGCCCCUCCCCAUUCCUCCCUCUAA